ACACACAUCCCAAGCAGUAGGAGUUGAGAAGCCUCCCUUGCUUAGAUGUUCUGACAUUACUGUUUUGCUGUAGCAGAAGAGGCUCCACACUUUUCCAUUGUUCCCAGAGCUCAGCCCAGCACAGCCGUUGUGUUGCUUUCCUGUUCCAAAAAGGAAGUGAGAAAUUUCUUCCACGUGUGCGCUGGCACUUGAAUGCUCGGGUUUCACUCCCUAACUGGGAGCUGCCUGUAAUGAGCUCUCAGUGGGGUUUGGAGAGGAGCUUCCAGCUGUGCCAAGAGUUGUUUCAUUUUGUGCCAAAGAAGGAGGGGGAGAAGAAAUCUGCAAAAAGGUGAAAUGCUGAUGGUGCAAAAACUGGUCUAAGGGUCUUGCAGCCAGGAAAAGCAAAAGAAAAGCAGAAGCAGAGGAAGGAACAAGAAGCCAGGAUGGGAAACUUUUGCCAGAAGCACUGCCCCUGUUUGGAACCUUACAUCCCCUGCUUAUUCUUGGGGACAAAUGAUGAGCAGGAUGACAAAGUGGGCCAAGUCUUCGCCAACCUUGCUGUGGUAAGGCCUGACUUCCAAGCAGGACAGAAAGACCUAGAACAUAAGAUAAAAGAGAAACCUCUACCUCCACUGCCUGGCCAGCAUCUAGCGAACGUUUGCACCUUUGUGGCACUGUUUGACUACGACGCUCGCACUGAGGAGGACUUGAGCUUUCGAGCUGGGGAUAAGCUGGAAGUGCUGAAUGCAUCCCAUGAGGGCUGGUGGUAUGCUAGGCUCCUCCUGCCAACAGGGUCAGUCUGUCCCGGACGCAAACUCGAGGGCUACAUCCCUGCUAACUACAUAGCUGCUGACCAGAGCAUUGAAGCUGAGCCAUGGUUCUUUGGCCCAAUCAAACGAGCAGAUGCUGAGAGACAACUGUCAUACCCUGGAAACCAGGCAGGAGCCUUCCUAAUCCGAGAAAGUGAAAGUCUAAAAGGGGAAUACUCACUCUCAGUUUUUGAUGGUGCCUCUGUGAAGCACUACAGGAUCAGAAAGCUGGAUGAAGGAGGCUUUUUUCUAAGCAGAAGGAAAACUUUCAAAACUCUGAAUGACUUGGUUGACUAUUAUAGCAAGAACAGUGAUGGCCUCUGCGUGUUGCUCGGAAAGCCGUGCCUAAAGGUUCAAAUUCCUGCUACUUUUGAUUUGUCAUAUAAAACUGUCGAUCAGUGGGAGAUAGACCGACAAUCUCUGAAGUUGGUGAAAAAAUUAGGAUCUGGUCAGUUUGGUGAGGUAUGGGAAGGACGGUGGAAUAAUACCACCCCCGUGGCAAUCAAAACAUUAAAACCAGGUUCAAUGGAUCCAAAAGACUUUCUGAGGGAAGCACAAAUAAUGAAGAACUUGAGACAUCCAAAGCUUAUACAGCUUUAUGCUGUCUGUACCUUGGAGGACCCAAUUUAUAUUAUUACUGAGCUGAUGAGAUUUGGAAGUCUUCUAGAAUACCUUCAAAAAGAUGGAGGCUCUCAAAUCUUCCUGACACAUCAAGUAGACAUGGCUACUCAGGUGGCUUCUGGGAUGGCAUACCUUGAAUCUCAGAACUAUAUCCAUCGGGAUCUGGCAGCCAGGAAUGUCCUUGUUGGUGAACACAAUGUUUACAAAGUGGCAGACUUUGGACUUGCAAGAGUUUUUAAGGUAGAAAAUGAAAAUGUAUAUGAAGCUAGGACUGAAACAAAACUACCAGUAAAAUGGACAGCCCCGGAGGCGAUUCGCUACAACAGAUUCAGUAUUAAAUCAGAUGUCUGGUCAUUUGGAAUACUUCUGUUUGAAAUAAUCACCUAUGGGAAGAUGCCUUAUGCUGGUAUGCCAGGACACCAGGUGAUCCAGCUGCUGGAUGAUGGGUACAGACUUCCUCAGCCAGAGACCUGCCCAGCACCGCUCUAUGAGAUGAUGUUGCAGUGCUGGAGCGCGGAGGUGGAUGGGCGGCCCACCUUCGAUGCCCUCAGCAAGCAGCUGGAGGGCUACUUUGACACUGAGUCCUAUUCCUAUGCCUAGGCACAGGCCAUGGUGAAAGGAACCCCUCAGUGGGCCCUGAAGGACAGGUGGUAGCCAACAUACAUGACAGAGAGCUGUUGAAUCAGCCUAACCUCAGGCUUCGAGGUUCCUUGGAGGUGCUGAAGAAUCCUGGUACAUUUUCAUGCCCACGCUGAUCCUCAGAGACUCUUAAAAUUUUUUAAAAAAUAAAGUGUCUUCUAUUUAUUUUUAAAUAAGAGAUUGCAAGAAUUAUCAAAUGAAAUGAGUCUAGCUUGAUAACUAUUGUAAAUGUUUUUCAUUUCUUUAUUGGAAUAAUUAUUUGCUUUUGCUUAGAUUUUUCAUUCCUACCAGGCUGUUCUCAUGAAGGAGUGUGAUGGCUCUGCACAGCAGGAUCUGUGCUCCCAGAGUCCUCUCACUGUAAAAAAUAAUAAAAGGGAUCCUAUGACUGUGAUGAUGGCAGAAUCCAAAGUAAUUGCCUUGCUUAGGCUUGAGGUACACAUGCUUUUACUGUAUCAGGAAAUAAACAGAUGUUCAUUGCAGAAAAGGAAUUAUUUUGUUUUGUGGGUACAAAGGUUGAUCUUUUUUAGUUUGUCUACUGUUCCUCUAUUACAAGAAUAAACAUUAGAUUCCUGAA